UAACCAAUCAAAAUAGUUAAACAAUGGCUGGACUUUAAUACGUGCAAGAUAAAGUUUGGAAAGCAGUUAUUUUCCAUUCGCUUCAAAUUUCACAACAACUUGGCUUGAAAUUCGCCAACCUGUCGCCGCUGAAGCAAUAACAUAUGUUUUUGCCGUCCACAUGUUUUAUGUUGGGGCCGUACGUGUGUGCGUGAGAUUACGUCAUAGUUCAUUGCCAAACAAAUAAUGCCCAAUAUUUCUCAAUACUCAACAGGGACGACAACUGAAAAGUGGCUAAAGAACAUAAGUCAAUAGCGUGACAACACAAUACCGCUGUCCCCGCCAGCGAGAGGUGCGACCAGACGAUCGAGAGCGCCAGCCGAGAAGCGCUCUAUAAGUAUGGCGAAUCGCCAGUUGUGCCGUGUCUGUGUGCCCAGACUGCUGCCCGCCAGCUUUUCGAGCACCCUCAGCGCAGUGAGCAGCAGUCGUCGGAGCACAGUGAGCAACCGCCAGAGCAUGAGGGAGGCACGUCUGCGUGCCGCCAGGGAGCAACACUCGAGCCCGCCCAGCUACACCCUGGCCGACUUGGUCUUCAAUCCCGAUUUGCAAAGGAGCCUCAGUGAUGGCAAAGGAACCAUCGAGACCAAAAAAUGCGACAAGGAUUGCAGUGAAGCCUUCGAGGAAGCCGUCGAGCAGCUAAACUACCUGCUAAUAAGCGACGAGACCAACAAGGCUGUGAACGCGGCCUUCGAGGCAGCCAUCGCUCAGCUAAACUACCUGCAAUCCAACGAGGACACCAUCAGGGAUUCUGUGAUUUCCCGGAGGGACGCCAAAAAGUUCACGGUGAAGUAUCUGGAGCGGAGCGGUCUGGCGCUGGAGACCGUGGAGAAGCUGAACUACAUCCAUGUUUCCGGCACCAAGGGCAAGGGCUCCACCUGCGCUUUGACCGAGUCCCUGCUACGCCAUCAGGGCCUCAAAACAGGCUUCUACUCCUCGCCGCACAUCCUGGCCACCAAUGAACGCAUCCGCAUCAAUGGCCAGCCGCUGGACAAGGCCAAGUUCACGGAACACUUCUGGAAGGUUUACAACCGCCUGUGGGAGUUGCGGGAGCAUGAUCAUGAUAUGCCCGCCUAUUUCAAGUUUGUCACCAUACUGGGCUUUCACGUAUUCGUGGAGGAGAAAGUGGACGUGGCAGUGCUUGAGGUGGGCAUCGGCGGUGAAUCGGAUUGCACCAAUAUUGUACGCAACGUAGGCACUGUGGGCAUCACUUCGCUGGCAUUGGAGCAUACGGAUCUGCUGGGCACUACGCUCGAGGAGAUUGCCUGGCAGAAGGCGGGCAUCAUUAAGCCCGGAUCGCAUGUCUUCACGCAUGUCACACAGCCCGAGUGCCUCGAGGUGAUACGUCAGCGGGCGAAGGACAAUGGCAUCGAUACCAUCUUUGAGGUGCCACCCACCGAGGAUUACUUCAAAUCGGAGGCAACCGCCGCCCAGCCGUACGAAGAUCUCAGCGCUGUGAUUAAGCUGAAUGGCUCUCUGGCCGUCCAGCUGGCCAUGGAUUAUUUGGUGCGGGCGAAGGGAAGGAAGCACAUCGCCAACGAGGUGCUGAUGGAUCAACAGCUACUAGAUGGCCUGGUAAAAUCCCACUGGCCGGGUCGAUGUCAGAAGGUCGAAUGGCGGGGAAUGCGUCUAUUCUUUGACGGAGCCCACACGCUGGAGAGCAUAGAGGUGUGCGCGGAGUGGUUUCACAAGAACGUGAAGGACAGUCCGAAUCCCAAGAUCCUGAUAUUUAACCGCAAGGGGCAGUCGGAUAUCCGGCCGCUGCUGAAGGUCCUCCGUCGCACAUGUCCCUUCGACAUGGCCUGCUUCUCCCCCAAUCUGUCCGCAGCGAAGCCGAUCUAUGCCAGCCAGGUGUUUCUAUCCGUUAGCGAGGAAAGGCAGCUGGGCCGGUCUCAGGCCAUUGCCAAUGACUGGGAUGACCUGUGUCGCAACGAGAAUACACCGUGCAAUAGCCAAGCCUUCGCUCACAUGGUCGAUGCAUUUGUGGCCAUUCGGCAGAAGUUUCCACUAACAGAGAACUCCGGACACUUGGAUGUGCUCGUCACCGGCUCCUUCCAUCUAGUGGGGGCGGCCAUAGCUGCCCUCGAUGCAAUAGAUCAGUCUCAAAGGAACAACGAGGAGGAGGAGGAGCAGAAAUGAGGUUCCUGCUCCUGUGUUCCCUCUGCAUUCUCGUGCAUUCCCAGUGCGCAUCCUGUGUGCAUCCACAGGAUGCUAAAGUAAUGGCUUAAGAAUAGUUAAUAGUCGAGUUACAACUCUGGCGCGUAAGCAAAACGGACUCUUAUUAUCCAAAGUCUAUUUUAAUUUUUACAUCGUACGUGUACGUCCAGGUUCUUAUGGCCUAAGAAUCAAUUUAUUUUGUCAUCAAAUUUAAUUUGGAAUGUAAGCUGAGAAGAACAAAU